GUGCCUUCAGCUAUCUUAGACAUGAGAUUUUCUCUAAAGCGGCAGGAACUGGUUGUGAGCACUACCAAAGGGCUGGUGCAGCUCUCCAUGUAUCGCUGUGAACUCUAUGGCAAAACGUGUGCCGACUGCUGCCUUGCCAGAGAUCCUUACUGUACCUGGGAUGGCAAGUCCUGCAGGGCUCUUCUGCUCACUAAGAAAAGGCGAGCUCAGUGCCCAAAUGUGCUGAAGACCAAUCCAAUCAAUCAGUGCCCGGAUGCUGCAAAAGGCACCCCCAUGGCAGAAGAAAAGGUGAUAUUUGGUGUGCAAAACAACUCGACAUUCCUUGAGUGCCAUCCACUUUCUCCCCAAACCAAGAUUCGUUGGCUAGUACAGCGCAGCAACACAAUAUCUCUGGAGGAGGUUGGGGACACAGGUCGCUUUUCAAUCUUAGAGCGAGGGCUGUUGAUUAAUCAGCUGACCCAACAGGAUGCUGGACUCUAUCAGUGCCAAGGAAUGGACAGCUCUUUUUCUCAAACUCUUACCUACUACAAGCUGCGCAUCAUAGGGCAACAGGCCAUGGAGGCCGUAACUUCUAGGCUUAGCAAGAAUGCAGAAACCAAAGGGAACCACCACAGUGUCACUCCGAUGUCAGGCCUUCAGCUUCCUUACAAAGGCUACUCCUGGGCACCCGGUACUAAUUUAGUUGAAUUCUGCAAUGCUCUGCAACAAAGGAAAAGACUGAGACAAAAGGUCUGGACCUCAAGGUGGCAGCAGCAGCAGCAGCCUCCUUCAGAAAGCAAGAAAGGCCGAGUACGUCGACAGCCUGGCUCCCGGAGAGAGGAAGGACCAGUUUGACACAAGAGAGCCAAACGGGCUCUCCAACUAGAUUCUAUUGGUCUCUUAAGCUAUCCAGGCACACUUGUAGAUACUUACUGGGAUGUUCUGUCCUUUCCCUGCUUCCAAAAUCAAGAAAGCCAAUCUCUUCUUCCCUCAUCUGAAAUGCUAGGUGUUACUUUUAUCCUCCUCUUGGGUAGCAAAGGAAACUUGUACCAUAGCAAGGAAGGUGGUGGUCUCAGAUCAUACUGACUGAUUGGUGGCUAGAAUUGUGAUGGCAAGUGUGAAAUGAGCAAGGGGGCUUUUCACAUUUGUAGCACAUAUGUGGCACAGUCCUCUUCAUCUUCUUUUUUCUAAUAAACAAUAACCAUUACAGCAUGUGUUAUCUGCUUUUCAUAGAAGGUCUUCCCCUUGUAUAAGGGAAUUCGCCUGAAUAAAAGUAAUCUAAAUCUAAGUUGAAAAAUCCGGUAAAACAAGCCUUCUCCAAAAAUAGAAAAUUGAGUAUGACUAUGAACAUAUUCCAGGAGUCACUGUGGGCAUUUCGACUUCUUUGUCAGAGUACCAAGCACACCUCAGGAUUAACGUACCAUGAGAGACUGCAGAGGAGCAAUCUGGUGCAAGGAAACCUCAUCAAAUGCUCAUUCCAGGCAGUGACCAAGGCGUCAGGUGACGACUCAGAUACUCAGAGGGGAAAACCCCAAGCUCUUUCUGGAAGCCAGUAGGAUCCAAUAGUCCUCUCGGACAGAUCGAUCUAAUGGAAUCUACUUCCCUGUUUGGGUGUGGGCAAAAACAACCAGAGAAUUAUCUGACAGUGGCAAAAAGACUAAUGCUACAUCCUCUACUACCAGUUCACAUCACAAACACCCCAGGAUAAAAACUAGCACGCAACACCAUGUACUGUAUGUCUUCGGCUCGCAAUGACUUGGGUCAAAUUCAUGGUUGCCAUGAAUAUGGAUUGUCCCAGAUUCCAUAAAUCUGGGUAGGUUGAAGUCCUCCACUGCCAACCCAGCAACAGGAUCUCAGCAGCGCAGGCAGAAUAUGGGGCAUGAAAUGUCAGCUUCUGAUGUUGUUGCCGAUUAGGAAUUGAACUGAAUGAAAUAGGUAUUGGAUGACCAGAUAUUUAGCUCAGUGCAGAGUUCUGGAUUGGAUACUGAUAAGCCUGUGGUCCCAUUUUAUCCAAUGCGUCACAUAAAAGGACAGUGAUACACACCACCGCAACAUGAGGCAGAGGGAGGUAAUUUAAGUUUAUUCUUUCCUAUUCAAGAAUCAAUUUGGAAAAAACCCUAACAGAAAACAUCUUCCAACUACCCUUUUGUAACACUGAAACCCAAGUUCUAUGAUGUGUACUGAUUUCUGAGAAUUUGUUGACAAAAUAAUCGAAGGGAAGAGAUCCUUUCUUAUCCUUCAGAAAGAGGGGGAGGGGAAGAAUCUCUUUGGGCACAGACAUUGUAUACCUGCCUGGUUCAUCUUCGCAGAAGGGAGAGCCUUGUGCCUGCAAAUAUUAAAAUUCUAUUAAUUUGAAAAAAA